UUCACACAUCUCUACUAGACGAACAAAUAAGAAAUACGGUUAGACGCUCUUGCGGGAGACACAGCAGAAGCAAGAAAACCCCUCUUUCUACCUUCUCUUUCACCUUGAUCCUUCUUGAUAUAUCCUCAGAUCUCUUGCUCCUCUUCCCUCUAUCUCUCGCACUAGGGAUCUUUGUUCCUCUGACUGUGGAGUGAAAGUCAGGAAAGAUGUCGACAUCAGCUAGGAAGAGGCUGAUGAGGGAUUUCAAGAGGCUCCAGCUGGAUCCGCCUGCUGGAAUUAGUGGUGCUCCUCAGGACAACAACAUUAUGCUCUGGAACGCUGUAAUUUUUGGGCCUGAUGACACUCCUUGGGAUGGAGGUACGUUCAAGUUAACACUGCAGUUCACAGAGGAUUAUCCAAAUAAACCUCCUACAGUACGCUUCGUCUCAAGGAUGUUUCAUCCAAAUAUCUACGCAGAUGGAAGUAUUUGUUUGGAUAUCUUGCAAAAUCAGUGGAGUCCUAUAUACGAUGUUGCGGCUAUUCUUACCUCUAUUCAGUCUCUGCUUUGUGAUCCAAACCCAAAUUCCCCUGCAAACUCUGAAGCAGCCCGCAUGUUUAGUGAGAAUAAGCGUGAAUACAACAGGAGAGUGCGUGAAAUAGUGGAACAGAGCUGGACAGCUGACUGAGCCAAUAAAACCACUAGCAACCUGUGCCAUCCCAGAAAAAUAAAGAGAGGUAGCUGUGGUGGCAAGCUUGAAAGUGAGACUAGUCCCAGAAAAUCUUGUUAGAUGGUGUAUUUUCAUGAUUGGGGCUUGGUGUGCAUUUUCUUAGAAGAUUGUGAAAUGAUUUUAUUUCUGCCUAAAAGACAGCUCUGCUUAAACUUUGUCAGUUAAAUGCUCUCUUUCACAACAUCUGUAGUGUUGGCUUCUGUUUGGGCAUUUGUAUAGAAGUACUAUAUAGGAGUGAUGUUCAGGACAAAUAUUUGAGAACGGAUAACACUGUCUCUUGGAGAAGAGUUUGGGAGGAGCUCAUCCCUUGUAAUAUACUCGUGUGGAAAGUUGAACAUUUUGAAUGAAUGCCUGGAUAUCCUUUUCUUGAUGUCAA